AUGGCGGAGAUCGCAAGGCUGGAGAAGGAUCUAAACGAGGGUCGGAUUUUACCCGGAGUUGCGGACGGCGAGCGGAUGGAGAUAUGCCAUUUUGCGAUCAAGAGUGGAGGACAUGAUCCUAAUCCCGGCUCCAACAAUGCCGAAGAUGGUGUCACUAUCGAUCUUGUCAGGCUUGACAGAGUUGAUGUCGCCAAGGAUCGAAAGAGCGUUAAGAUCGGUGCCGGUUUACGUUGGGGUGAAUUGUAUCUUAAACUGGAAAGACAAAAUCUGACAGUAGUGGGUGGAAGGCAAGCUGAUAUAGGGGUGGGAGGAUUAACUCUUGGAGGAGGCAUAUCUUUUUACUCGAAUCGUAAUGGAUGGGCUUGUGAUAAUGUCAUUUCAUUUGAAAUGAUUCUUCCAGAUACGUCUAUUCAAACUAUUACACAACAAUCUCAUCCAGACAUCUAUCGCGCACUUCGCGGUGCUGGCCCAUCCAACUUUGGUAUCGUUACAUCCUUCGUUCUGGAAGCAUACGAACUCUCUAAUCCCAUUGGCUUAUGGAGUGGGAGCAAAGUUUACGAAUGGAACAAAUUUUCCGAUCUAGCGAAUCUGAACCACCAAUUUUACACUGAAAGUGUGGAUCAGAACCCCAACGUUGUUAUUGUAAACACUUGGUUUCAAGACGGCGGUGUCUGGCUGGGAAAUGUCUUUUGCGUUCAUUUAACUCAUACCGAUCCCUUAACCUGGCCGGAGCCAUUUCAGUCAUACGAACAAAUAGAAGGGUUUCCCAACACUACCUUUGCAUCUAUCCAACCCCUCUCUAAUAUUACUAUUCAGCAAGUCCAACCUUCCAACCGCAGCCAAAGAAACGUCGUUGGUACAUUUACAUAUCGCCCUUCCGCUGCCAUCGAGCAAGAGAUCGCAAACAUCGUCCGCGAAGAAGCUGACGCGAUCGAAACGAGGCUAACUGAUUUCACUCCGGUCUCAGUCUUCCAACCACUCUCCCGCAACAUGCUCGAAAAAAUGAAAGUACGUGGGGGGAACGCCCUCGGACUCGCUGACGAAACCGUUGAACCAUUGGCAAUCUUCGUGGCAGUCUGGGUCUGGCAUUUGUCCUCGGAGGACGAGCUAGUGUUACAAGCACAUACCCUUGCUCUCGAGCGCGCAGAAGAGGCGGCCAAGAAGUCGGGACUUUGGCAUCCGUACAAAUACAUCAACUAUGCGAGGGGAGAUCAGGAUGUCUGGAGUGGCGCUGUAGAGGAAAAUCUCAGGGAGUUGAGGAGAGUGCAGAGACAGGUUGAUCCAUCAGGAGUUUUUACGGAUGGAGGACUGGCGAGUGGGGGGUUCAAAUUAAAUGAGAAGCUUGAGUAA